AUGAGGCAAAGCAGCCAGAUUGCGCAUGCGUUGUGCCCACUCCAUCCACGACCAAGUGGGUGGAUUGGGGCCACGACCAGCAAAAAUCGAUGCCAUCGCCAGUCGUUGGGUGACAGAGUGUUCGGAAGCAUGUCGGAGCAGCCGGAGAACACCAGCUACGAGCAGGAGUGCCAACGGGCGGAGCUGUUGGGCAUCCAGCCUCCGGAUCCCGAUGAAUUCGAGCGCAAGCGGCAGGCGAGAUUGGAGCACGAGUUGGCCGAGCAGGAGGCCGCUGAGGCGGUGCUGUUGGAGCAACAAGGCGAAAGCCUGGGCAAUGUGGGUGGCAAGCUGGGCGAGCUCAAUAGCAUCCUGUCCAGCACGCAGCAGAAGCUGAAUCGAUUCAAGCAAACGGCCUGUGGCAGUUUGACCAACAUAUUUGCCCGGGCCAGUUCGGGCUCGGUGGAUCUUUCGGCGGGCAUUGGUAGAUCGGGCUCAAUCGCCAGCCAGGAGGAGCGUCCUCCCGUACAGGAACAGCCGCUGGCCAAGCCCCCGCCGACGGCUGCCGAGGUUAGCGCCGCCAAGGCGGCCAAGCAGAAGCGCAUGGACUCGCAGCUGGAUAAGUUGGAUGCGCUGAUCAACCAGGCGGACAACGCUCAGAUAGCCAUGAGUGAGCAGACCCAGCAGAUGCGUCGCUUGGCCAAGUGAAGUGCCCCUUGGAGCGGGUGAUGAUCCAUUGCUGAUCCGCGAAGCCCACAAAAAAAAACACUCGUUGGCUUCAUGAAAUGAAUGUGUAUAUGAUUCCCACUUUAUUUGUCCUCCCUCUUCAGGUGAUCCUCGUCCCCUGAUCCUGGGCAGCCUUUUGUCCCGUUGUUUGCUUCUUUGUUUGGAUGAACACAUGAGUUUCGCUUAAAACUAAACACAAGUUGAGAUUACCCAAAGCGCCUUCAAUCACAUUAUUCGAGUGUGCAGACAGUGCAAGUCAUGACUGUCUGCAGUACCGUCUACCGUCUUACAGUCCCGGCGCGCACUGCUCCUCCUUACAUUCAUCC